AUGGGGGGCUCGGCCAGCCUGCUGCCGCGGGAGGCGCUGAGCGAGUACCAGGAGCUGACCUUCCUGGGCAAGCAGGAGAUCCUGCUUGCCUACAAGAGGUUCAGUGAACUGCUGCCAAAGGAGGAGAGGGAGAAUGCCUGCUUCGCGCGGGUUCCCAAGAGCCAGAUCCUGACGUUGCCUGAGCUGCGGGCAAACCCCUUCCAGCACCGGAUCUGCCAGGUGUUCUCCACCUCAGAUGAUAGGGACGACAGCAUGUCCUUUGAAGACUUCCUCGAUAUGCUGAGCGUCUUCAGCGACGCCGCUACCUCGGACAUCAAAUCCUACUAUGCCUUCCGCAUCUUUGACUUUGAUGACGAUGGGACUCUGGACAGAAAGGACCUGGAGAAACUGGUGAACUGUCUGACGGGGCAAGGCGAGGAGUCCCGCUUGAGCAACGCGGAGAUGGAGCAGCUCAUCCAAAAUAUCCUGGAGGAGUCCGACAUUGACAAGGAUGGCACCAUCAACCUCUCGGAGUUCCAGCACGUCGUCUCCCGCUCCCCAGACUUCGCCAGCUCCUUCAAGAUCGUCCUGUGAGAGCCCUGCGGUUCUCCAGCAGAACUUCUCCUCUGGCUGUUGCAGCUCUUCAUGGUCUCAGACAUUUCCUCUUUUAGCGAGCAGAGCAGCAGAGGCCCCGCUCCUCACCAGCUCCACGAGUGCCACACAGUGCCUUAGGCAGGACACCCUCCUGCUCCCCUUUCAUGCCUGGCAGGCGAGAUGGCAGCCUGCAGAGGUGGGGCCCUGGGAAGCUGCCUUGCCUGCAGCCGCUCUGCUCUCCCAGGAUCGGAUUUUAACUCCUUAUGCAAACCAAGGCCAGCUCUGUGGGUGGGGGGAGGCACACAGAGGUGCUCCUGGCUGGGGGCCACGCUGCACAGAGCACAGCCCCUCUCUGCCCUCGGUACCAAUUUGUGCCUUCCACUAGCAGGCAGGGAGCUGCCUCCCCCCACCAGGCCCCUGCCCACCUCUCCCGUCUUCCCAGGGGCCUCCCUGCUGCAAUGUGGAUCUGUUUCUCUAAGCCAUAACCCAAAUGCGGAUCCAUUUCUCUAAGCAAUAAUCCAAGUGGCACUGUAGUUGUGCCAUCCCGGCAGCAGAGCUGUUCCCCCACGGCUGCACAGGACACAGAAUGCCUUCCUCCCCCGGCCGACGAGGCACAGCCCCGCGGGCAGCACAGCCAGGCUCAACCCGGGCUGCCUCGGCACUGACCAUGCUCGGGGCCUGCUCUCCUUUUCCUUUUCUUUUCCUCUGCCCCCUCCU